GGAUGUUCAAACGCUCUCACAACAAGACGACUUCAGGAAACCGUGACGCGCUCGGAGGGCUGAGCUCUUUUCGGGGGAAUUUGACGUUCCGAGGCAGAUAAAGCUUCCUCUCAUUGCACAAGAACCUUCAUCUGGGACGACCGAUCGCCUUUGUGUCACUUUGUUUUCUAAAAGCAACAACAAAAAGGAAGAAAUCAGAGGAGGAUGAAAGUGUUUCUGCUUCUCUUUGUCACCUGCAUCUCCUUACAUAACGGGAAAGGAGCACCAACGACGGCUAAGUAUCAGUUUGUGAGAUGUAGUCCUGAGGGCGGCCAGGCCAAGUGUGUGACCUAUCAGAGCUCAGACAUUCCAUGGAGUCCAGACCUUCCAAAAAAACUUCCUGCUUCUGUUGGCAGAACUCUAGAUGCAACACCUGUUGAGGAUGAGAGUCCUCUGAGGGAAGAGGAAGAGAACAAGGAGGAAACACUGUUUGGGAGUGAUAACAAGGAGUCACCUGACAUGUUUUUGGGCGAUGAAGGUUCUGGUUAUUAUGAAGGUUCUGCGUCACAAGGCCUAUACUUUGCAGAUCGGACCCUGGCAGCUGAAGUUGACAACGGUUCUGGUGAAUCUUGGACAGGCAGCUUUCCAGAUGAAAAUUUGAACAACUUCUUUGCUGAUGAGGCCAAACCUUCAGAGCAUGACCUGAAAGAAGACCACCUGCUGAAUCUGUAGACACACACCCACACACGGCUAGCAUCUGUUUCAACGCCCUGCCUAGAAAGUAAAACUAUUAUGUCACCGCCUGCUGGAAAAAAAACUUGUUUAUGCAGAAAUGAAAUAUAUGAUUAAUUAUUCAUUGUUUUUUUUUAAAGAACAUUUUCAGGUGCAAAAGAAGAGUUCCAAAUAUUGCUAAAAAGAUGCAAAAAUCAACAAAGAGUCGAAAUUUAAUAUGAACUUCCUUUGGUCAGUAUUUUGUGUAAAAAAAUAACUUUCUAAUGUGCAUUGUAAUAUAAAUACAAACAUGCUUUAAAAUCAUAAUAAUGUGCAAUAACAUUAUGCCUUUGUCUAUGCAGUGCUGGUUUUUGACCGUUGAAACAUUUCUUUCAUGAUUUAUACAAAAACAUUUCUUGAUUCUGAGAAGCAUCACAGUCACCCAGGAGGAAAAUAUACGCGGCUGAAGAAACAGGUUCACUAUGUCAUAGCUAAUGUGGAAAUAUGAACAAUGAUUAUAUGUGCAUUUGAACCCAAAACUUUAUAUUAUUUCAUUUUAUUCCAUAUUGCUUAAUGUGCAUUUGAAAUGUUUUUAUCUAUAAGAGAUUUAAUAAAAACAGAAGAAGAAAUGUGCCAUAA